CCUCCUUCCACCACAACAAGACUGAGACAGUCUCGACCAUGACACAGAGGACACAUUGAUCAAGUUCAGUGUUACUUUUGAAGUAAUUUUCGUACUUUUCAAGUUAUUCAAAGCUAGAAGAUUCCAAAAUGUCCGCCGAAAAUGUCCAGGUUUCUUUUCGUGGCCUGUUGGAGUACCUCCAGACUUCAAUCGUGCAGUUGUUGACAGACCCCACCCAACUCUCUCCCGGCCAGGGUGUUCUUGUCGGCGCCUCUGCGCUGUUAGUCGGGGCGGUGUUGUGGAGCUGCUGCGGGGGACAGAGGAGAAACAAGGUCAAGUUGAGGGCGGAGUUUACCCCAGGAAAAGUGUACUUCCACACACUACCACCAGUGAAGGCGAUCCCAUGUCUGACUCCGUUUGGUAUAAAGCUGGAGACAUAUCUGCGUAUGGCUGAUAUUCCAUACGAGCCUAUGCGCGGGUUCAGUUACGGCCCAAAGGGUAAAAUCCCGUGGAUUGAGUACAACGGUGAAGCCAUGGGAGACUCUGGUCUCAUCCUGGAGUUUCUGAACAGGGAGAAAGGUGUGGACCUGAACCAGUCCCUGAGUGCUGCAGACAAGGCUGUCAGCAGGGCCUUCACUAAGAUGGUGGAGGAGAACACUUACUGGGGUAUGGCUGAGGUGAGGUGGAUAGAUGACUUUGACAAAGUGCAGGAGCUGUGUGAGGCUCCCUGGGCCUUCGUGUUUUUCCUGCGAGGAGUGAGAAGCAAAGUCAAGCAGACGAUGUGGGCCCACGGCAUCGGUCGCCACUCCAGGGACGAACUCCAAGGCAUCAUCGAGAAAGAUCUCAGGGCCAUCUCAAGUUUUCUGGGUACCAAACCGUAUCUGAUGGGAGAACAGCCUACUGAGGUGGAUGCAGCAGUGUUCGGUCAGCUGUCAGAGAUUGUUUGGACAACAUCCGGGUCCUACCUGCACAGGAUUGUCACUGUGGACUGUCCCAACCUGCUGGCCUACUGCAACCGUAUCAAGGACCGCUAUUGGUCAGACUGGGAUCAGCUGACCAACAAAACCAAGAAGGACCAAUGAAGACUUGCCUCUGUCAUUGAGAUUUUCAUUCCAAUAUUUGUUUUGGUAUACUAUGG